AUGCCUCUGAAGAAAAAACCCCCAAAAAAAACCCCCGUUGCAGACUCCAAUUCAGGCGAUAGUACCAACUUAGCAACACUUCAACGGGAUCUACAAGCUAUGAUUGAUCGUCGUUUUAAACAACAGACAGUUGAAUUGAACGAUCUCUUUAUCAAAGAAUCAAAUUCGACUAAAAGCCGCUUUAGUUGA